UCUACUUACGAGUUAUCCACUUGUCACCCGCACAAACCUACAACAUGAAAACUUUCAUCGUAGUGUUCGCCCUGGUGGCCUGCGCCGCGGCCGGCAGCGACGACAGCCAGAAGCGCGACAAGAGAGGCUACCUCAGCGGUGGGCUCGGCGGUAUCGGUGGCUACAGCGGUGGCUACGGCGGCGGAUACGGUGGUGGAUACGGCGGCGGUAUCGGAGGCUACUCCGGAGGAUACUCCGCCCCCGCUGUCCGAGUCGUCAGAGUCAACCAAGUAGUCAACAGCGCCCGCGUCGUCGACGUUCCACAGGUGGUCAAUGUACGCAAGGUUGUCUCCGUGCCCCAAGUGGUGUCAGUGAACAAGCUGGUCGCCGCACCCAGCUACAGCGGCGGCUACAGCAGCGGCCUGGGCUACAGCGGUCUCGGCGGAGGCUACAGCGGCGGCUACGGCAGCGGCUACGGCUCGGGAUACUCCAGCGGCUGGUGGUGAACAAUGACAAACUAGAAACCUCAAAGCAUCUGUGAUUUUUCUCCUUUUAGUUUAUUUUAACU